GAACGGCAUGAGGGUAAGUAAUAAAUGACAUAAUUUUCAUUUUUGGGUGAACUAACCCUUUAAGUAUGAGGCAAUGGCUAUAGGCUAAGUGAAACCUCAAUGUAAAGCUUUAGCUCAGAAAGAUACUCUAAAACUGUAAAGCACACUAUCUUCAUCAGAAACUAAGCAAAGUUGUCAUAGAUGCAGGCUACUAGACGUCAUUUUCUGAAAAUAGAUGGAAAAUCUGACAUUAAAAGGCAGCACUCUAAGUAUAGUAGUGGCAGCCUGCCAGUGCCAGCAAAAGAUCGUAUUUCCUCUCCAUCCCAACCUUUCCCCUUCACCCAGACCGGCUUUGCAUAUUUGAAGUAGUCUAAUCUUUGAAAAAAUAUUAGAUAGCGAGUCCAAUAUGAAUAGGCUACAUUGUAAAAUUUGAUCAGGCACCCACAUGUUUGCUUUUAGAAAUGACCAUGUUUGGUCUGUGAACAAUAUUGAUGAUCCGCACUACAACACACACCACAGUUCCAUCUGCUGGUUAGCAUCGGUACAGCACGAGAUUUCCCGGUGAGAGGAUGGCAUUUCGCUGGACCACCGCAUUGUAGGCUACUCCAUCCUCCGGCUGGAGAUAUGACUCAGCGUUAUCAGAGUAAAUAAGCUCAAAAUAUAACAAUUGACCACAAAUUAAACUAAUAAGCUUACUUAAAACUUUUUGUUAUUCUAUAAAACUAUUCAUAUGAAUUACAUUUAAAUAACAUUGUCUUUUACAUCGGAUCAUGGAUCACUUCCGCGGCUUGUUUGAUAAACUCGAUAAGAAUAAAGACGGUUUUAUAUCUCGUGAGGAGCUGCAGAGUGAAAUGCGAAGGAUAGGUGUGGAACCAGUUUGUGAAAAGGUUCAAGCAAUCUUGUCCCAUUAUGACCAAAACGAGGAUGGACGUCUAAGCUAUCAGGAAUUUCUUAUUUACAUUAUGGACAGAGAGAAGAAAUGGAAAAUAGAUUUCCAUGCCCUUGACAGAAAUAAAUGUGGGGCAAUUGACCUGGAUGAUAUCAUGACUUUGUUUAAGGAAUUAGGUUUGGUCAUAUCAAAACCCAAUGCAAAGAGAAUCAUUCAAAUGAUGGAUGAAGACAACUCUAUGACAGUAGACUGGGAGGAAUUCCUCCAGCACGUCAUCAUUAACCCAGCAGAAAACAUUGGAGAGUUAGUAUCUUCCUGGAAACAUAACCUGGUGUUUGAUGUAGGAGAGAGUCGCUCUUUGCCUAUUGAGUUAACCCAAGAUGAGACUGACUUGUCAAUCUGGGGGAACUUUAUAUUGGCUGCAGGCUUGGCAGAUGCAAUUUCCAGAACUGUGACAGCACCAAUUGACAUGUUAAAGACACGACUUCAGGUUUUUGGAUCCAAAGCUGUGUCUCUGGGACUCCGGGAGCUGCAGACUGGAGGUUUUAGAUCCUUGUGGCAAGGAAAUGCUGUGAAUGUUCUUAAAGGAACACCACAAUCAACACUUCAGUGCUUCGUCUAUGCCCAGAUGAGGUUGUCCACGCUUGGCGAGAGGGACAGUCUGACAGUCCAUCAGAGGUUUGGACUGGGCUGUGUGUCAGGGGCUGUGGCACAUGCUGUGUUCUACCCCUUAGAGGUGCUGAAAGUUAGACUAAAUCUCCAGCCUGCUGGCACCUACAAUGGAGUGCUGGGAUGUGCCAAGUUGAUUUACCAGAAUGAGUCUGUGGCAGCUUUCUACAGAGGGUUCAAACCCAGCAUACUCUGCAUGAUACCUUAUGCUGGAGUGGAAUGUGCAGUGCAUCAGUCAAUUAUAAGCUGGGCAAGACAGGAUCCAGAGCACGUCAGUGACUCCAAGCUCUUCCUCUUCAGUUUUGCAGCAUUUGCAUCAGGACAGGCCACCAGUUACCCACUUGCUGUCAUUAGAACACAACAGCAAGCUCAAGCUUUCUGUUCGACCUCACAGAAGUCUGCAGAUGCUCUUCAAGGACUCGUUGGAAUCUAUGAGAAAUAUGGAGUCAGAGGUUUUUAUAAUGGAAUGGGUGCUAGCUUUGUGAGAGCUGUUCCUUGUGCUUUGCUGAAUUACACCCUGACCUCAAAAUUUGAAACAUUGCUUUCUUCAUUGUCCUAAUGUAGAAUAAUGGUUUAGACUGUAUGUUUUUUGAUUGUCUUUUUUAUUUCUUUGAAUUAUGUUUGAUCACGUACCUGUUACCUAUUGUUAUGGUAACAUAUAACUAUGGUAUGAGUAUCAUUGCAUCAGUUGAGCCUUUUAACAAGUACAAGAGCAUAGUAUCAGUUUUGAGUGAGUAUACAGCUAGGGAAAUUCAAACUUGUAAUAUAAAUAAGGGGUGCACAUAAGUGCUGCGCAGUUGCGCAUGCAUAGUAAAAAUAAACAAUGCGCACCAGAAACCGUGCAGGGAAGCACUUUUGAGUAUACCAACAUUUUUGGGUACAGUGUGACGGGACACGUUUACUUACUGGAGUAGGAUUUUUCUCCAUCUCUGGUAAGAUAGCAAUCAUGAUGAUAAGUGUGUUCUUUAAUUAUUAGGGGUGCAACAGAUCGCAGUUAAACCUUAAUCCGUACGGAUAAGGUCCAACGGUUCGGUACGCAUGUGAUUUGUGGAUUAACUGCUAAGUUUAACCAUCAUAGAGUGAAUGUUUGUCUUGCCAAUUAACAUAUUCAAACGAUUUUAAACGCAGAAGAAGAGGUGAAAGUCGGGACUCGAGAGCUGUUAUCUGUGCACACAGCCUCACACACACCCGAAGCACGCAGAGAGAGAGAGGCAUGUUUCACACAGCGCUCAAACACCGAAUUGAUUUGUCUUUUGCAUUUACUUGCACUUGAAGGGACACAUACACACAAAAUUAUGUCAAAAUACCUGUCUCGGCAAGUUUUUUUUUCUGGGUUAUAUCAUUAGUGAACAGCUGAGAAAGAGACCGGAUGAGAGUAUAUUCGGUCCGUGCAUUCCGCCUUAAAGUGACAGUAGCCUAAUAUUCUUGCUGUUGUCUAUGUCAUUAAUGUUAAUAAAAUAAAAUUAAAAAACAUCAUCAUCUACCAUGUUCGAGAGAAAAGAAGAUAGUGAGGAGAGCAGUCAGGAGGAAAGUGAUGACAACAGCUUUUAGGAUAAGUGUGCCGCGUAAAGUGUGAGUAGCCUACAAAGCAACAUCUUCAGGUGCUCCCUUGAGAACCAGACCAAAAAAGUUAUGUGCACCCCUGAAUAUAAUCAUAUAGGCCUACUUCUGAAGAUUUUUAGAAACAAUAUAUUUGAAUUAUUUAGACAAAAAUUAUUCUACUAAAGAUAUAGGGGAGCCUAGGGCUAUUGUCACAAUAUAUCUCACUAACUACUAACUAUGUUUUUGAGACAAAAGUCGAAUUACACAAAUGAUUGUUUUCUUUUUUGUAUGUUGGUUUCAAAUACCACCAUUGUUUAAAAUUAUAGGAUUUUUUCCCCCUCAAAAUAAACAAUAAAAUCAAUGAGUACAUUCAGACAUGAGUCAACGAGCAGUUGAUCUGUUAUUAUUUGUAUCACUGUUCAUAAAUUCAAGGUCAGAGCAUGUUGCAUGUUUUAUUGUAAUAUAAUAAUAUUAUGUGCAUGUGCUUGUCAGGCACACACUUCUGUGCGUUCAACUUGAUGUGGCGCUGCGCUGACCGAUCGGUGCAUGACAUUAAAAUACCACAAGAGUGAUUAGAAAGCAGACGCUCCAUAUGCUUUUGAAUCGCUCUUGCGGUUCUUUGAUGUUAUGCACCAAUACGAAAUGCUCCUCUCCAGAGUUAAUUUCUCUAGUGAACUAACAAUCUGUCGACACUAAAUGCCUGAGGCAAAUGUAAUGCUACAUGAGAUAUUAUUAUCAAGCUGUUUUAUUGAUAUCUUUCUGCAGUUGAAACACUGGUUGAGAGAUUACGUUUAAACAUAUCAGUCGGGAUCAAUCAUCUCUUCUUCUUCUGCGCUUUAUCCUGUUGUGGCGGUUAGUAAACAGCAUUACAUUACCAUGCGUGCCCCCUUCUGGAUUGGAGUGUGGAUCACCUGAGACUGACUGCCCUGCAAACAAGCCUGCAUUGGCCCUUUACAGCACAUGCGUUUCUGAUAAUAAUGCAUGUCUGAGAGUGAAUCUGUGCAUGUCUACAGCCAGACCCUAUUGCUUCAAGUCAAACACAAAAACUCUAUGGACAUGGGUGGAGGACUUUUGAAGGUCCAUCCACAACCUAACCAUAACCAUAUCCCUAUUCCCUAGGUCAAGCUCCACCCAUUACGGCCAAGAGCUGGGCGUCAUUUGCAGUGAGCACACUUACGUUAAAAAAGCUGGAAAAAUAAUGAAAAGUGAAUAAUUUCCGUGGGUCUAGUAUUUGUAUCUGUUUGUGUGAAGUUUG